GCUGUUUCGCCAUUGCCCUGCGAACCAAUACUGCCCUCUUCCAAUUACACCUAGCCUCAAUUUCGAUUCUUCUUCACAAACCCACCAGUCAGAAUCUUCUCAAUGCGAAAUGUUUUCCCGUAAUUUGUGCUUGACAUUUUAAAUCAGCUAAUAUUUGGUAACGCCUAUAAUGUGUUUGAUGAAGUGUCUCAAACAAAAUUCCUGGUUUUUUACUACUUGUGAACUCAUGAGUCUCCAUUAUGGCUGAUGGGUACCAUGGGGAUAUCUUUAUUUGUAGUAUUAUCCAAUGAAAACUACGGUUUAAGAUAAACUUAUUUUUCAAGAUUAUCUUUUGAUGAUUUAAUGUUAGACCAUGUUAAAUGGGAUAAGCCCGAGUUGAGUUUUGUAGUGUUUAUUACUGAAGGGAUGUUGGAUUGUGGUUGGGAAGAUGAGAGAAGCAUUUUCUCUCUUUUUCCAUAAGUUAAAAUGUUGGUCAAGCUUUAAACUUGAUUACCAAGUUUUUGCAGAUACUCUCAAGUCUUGUGCUGCAAAAGCAGAUGUAAACUUGGGGAAGGCUCUUCACAGCCAUGUUAUUAAACAAGGCCAUGUUUCUUGCCAGAUUGUUUCAAAAGCUUUACUGAACAUGUAUGCUAAAUGUAAAGCUCUUGAUGAUUGUGAGAAACUGUUCUGGGAAAUAAAGAAUUGUGAUACAGUCAUGUGGAACAUUAUCUUGUCUGGUUUUGCCGGCACUCGGGUUCAUGAUACUGAAGCAGCGCGGUUGUUUUGUGAUAUGCAUGCUGCCCAGGAACCUAAAUUGAGUACUGUAACUCUUGCUAUAAUCCUUCCAGUGUGCACGCGUUAUGGAGGUUUGAGUGUGGGUGGAUGUGUGCAUUGCUACGCUAAAAAAGCUGGAUUGGAUUCUGAUACAUUAGUAGGGAAUGCUCUGGUCUCCAUGUAUGCAAAGUUGGGGUUGGUAAUGGAUGCUUUUGCUGUUUUUGAUGGAAUUGUUGAGAAAGAUGUUAUUUCGUGGAAUGCAAUUAUUGCUGGUUUGAUGGAAAAUCAUAGUGUAGAUGACGCAUUUGAAAUGUUUCAGUGGAUGCUGAGAUUGAAAGUUCCACCAAAUUAUGCAACAAUUGUAAAUGUUUUGCCUCUUUGUGCUCAUUUGGAAGACACUGUUGGUCAUUGGGUUGGGAGGCAGAUCCACUCCUAUGUGCUAAGACGGGCCGAAUUGGCAACACAGAUUACAGUGGUAAAUGCUCUUUUGAGCUUUUACUUGAGGAUUGGACAAAUGGAAGAUGCUGUGACCUUGUUCAAGAGGAUGAAAUUUACAGAUCUGGUGUCCUGGAACUCAAUAAUUUCUGGAUAUGACUCAUGUGGUCAAUGGUUGAAAGCACUGGAGUUGUUUCAUGAACUUGUUGACAUGGAUGUAAUGGGACCAGACCCUAUCACCAUAGUCAGUGUUCUUCCUGCAUGUGGCCAGUUAUCUAAUCUGCAGGCUGGAAAGCAAAUCCAUGGAUAUGUUGUUCGUCAUUCUCUGUUAUGCAAGGAUACAUCUGUACAGAAUGCCCUAAUUAGAUUUUAUUCCAAUUGUGGCUGCAAAGAAGCUGCACUGAAUGUAUUCUUGUUGAUAUCUAGGAAAGAUUUGAUAUCUUGGAACUCCAUAUUGGAUGCUCUUAGUGAGAAUAAAUAUGAAACUCAAUUUAUUGAUCUCUUGCACUGCCUGUUGAGGGAAGGAAUGAGGCUUGAUUUUAUUACUAUGUUAACAGUAAUACAGUUUUUUACUACUUUGUCCAGGAUAGAAAAGGUCAGAGAAGCUCAUGGUUUUUCUAUAAAGUAUGGCAUUUUGCUUGGUAAUAAAGAACCGACUCUUGCGAAUGCACUACUUGAUGCAUAUGCAAAGUGCGGCAACUUGGAGUAUGCAUACAGAAUUUUCAAACACAUGUCAGGACAGAAAAAUUUGGUUACAUACAAUUCAAUGAUCUCAGGAUAUGCAGAAUUUGGCUCACAUGAAGAUGCAGCAUUGAUAUUCCAGAGCAUGUCAGAGAGGGAUCUGACCACAUGGAAUCUCAUGGUGCGAGUUUAUGCUGAAAAUGAUUGUCCUAGUCAAGCUCUCAGUCUGUUUCAUGAGAUGCAAUUUUGUGGUGUAAAGCCUGAUUCCAUGUCCAUCAUGAGCCUUCUUCCUGUAUGUGCUAAAUUAGCCUCUGUCAAUAUGCUGAGGCAGUGCCAUGGGUAUGUGAUAAGGGCUUGUUUUGCAGAUGUUCAUCUUAAGGGAGCUCUCUUAGACAUAUACUCAAAAUGUGGAAACAUAAAAUCUGCAUAUAAUCUCUUCCAGUCGGCUAGUGAAAAGGAUCUUGUUCUGUUCACAUCAAUGAUUGGAGGAUAUGCCAUGCAUGGAAUGGGUGAAGAAGCUGUUGGGGCUUACUAUCAGAUGCUUGAGUCAGGUCUGAGACCAGAUAAUGUUAUCAUAACCACUGUCCUAUCUGCUUGCAGUCAUACUGGUCUUGUGGAUGAAGGAUUGAAGAUUUUUGAGUCCAUGCAACAGGUGCACCACAUGAAACCAAGUAUGGAGCAAUAUGCCUGUUUAGUUGAUCUCCUUGCACGAGGAGGUCGAAUCAAGGAAGCAUAUUCAUUUGCGACCAAAAUGCCGAUAAAGGCUAAUGCCAAUGUAUGGGGGGCAUUGCUUGGGGCAUGUAAAAUCCACAAUGAGGUUGAAAUGGCACGUUCCGUCAUUGAUCGCCUUUCUGAAAUCGAUUCAAGUGAUAUUGGAAACUACAUAGCUAUGUCAAACUUAUACGCUUCGAAUUCUAGUUGGGAAAAUGUCCUGAAAAUGAGGAAGCUGAUGAGGCUGAGAGAUCUGAAGAAGCCGGCUGGUUGCAGUUGGAUUGAAGUAGAGAAUAGGAAAAACGAAUUUCUAGCUGGAGACUAUUCUCACCCGCAUCGAUGCGUUAUUUAUGAGACAUUGGGCAUCUUGGAUCAUCAAAUCAGAGAGUUUUAUGAGUUUAUAAGGUAGGGGACUUUCAAAGACACUUGAAAUCACUGGCGAGCAGGUCACUUGAUACCUGGAAAAGUAGCUCAUAAGACCAGAGCAAUAAGAAAGACAAUUACUGAUAUCCAUUAGCUGUUAAGCUGAAUCAUUGUGGUUGAAUUGUUACUGAUCCAUUAGCUGUUCAGCUGAAUCAUUGUGGUUGAAUUGUUAUCGUGGAAUGAGAGUUGGUUGUCUUUCUUCUUUUAGUCAAAAUCGUGACAAGCUUCUCUCAGUUCAAACUGCAGGUAGACAAUGAUGGUGCACUCUUUUCUGGAUUCUAGGCACAUAGCAAAGCUGCUUCUGCUGGUGUGACCCUUGAAUUCUACAUCCUACAAACAAGUGGCAUUUGGGCAUAAGCUAAGAUCACAUCUUUGUGGUCAAAGGCAUCUAGCAGACUGAUGGGAUAGCAUUAACAAAUAUCCACUUCCACUUCUAGUCAUUAAGAAGUAAUGAAGCUGAGAAACUCUGACCGUUGGCUGAAAAGCUUUUCAUCUUAUGUUGGAAAAGUUCUUUCUUCUGUCAGUAUGAUUGGGACCAAUGGGAUUGAUUGGUUAACUCAUAUAAUCUCCAUGGAUGGCAUAAGCUUGUUUGGAGCUGGUGAUUCUUCCCAACUUCGAGAGUGAAAUUGAUCCGACCACGUCGCGGAGGUGAAAUAAUUCUUGCGGAUUAAUAUUUUGGAUUUUGACUUGCUGACCUUAGGCUCAUCUCAAGAAUGGUAUUGUGUUUGGUUCUUUCAUGAGAGUUGGAUGGAUUCAAAACAUGUCUGUAUUCUGUGGAACUGCAAGAUAAAUUCUUUGAAACCCUUUGUGUAGAAAAUUUCACCCUAAUCCCACAUCGAAUUAUCAUCUUUGAUUGUGUCUUAGGAAUUGCAAUCAAAUAGAAAGAGGACAUAAUCAAUCGAAGCUUGGAAUUCAAUUACUUAAAUUGCUCUUUUGUUCUAUUCCAUACCAAUUUUGACCAAAUUAUGUGCACACGGAUAUUCAAGUGGCCGAAGUCUGCUAACUGCUAAGCAUGGUUUGGUAUUGGUAUGAACACGGGAUUUGCUGUUGCAGCUGCAAAUUGCAGAGAACAAUCCAAUGGCAAAGAAAUAAUUCAAGUGGGCAAACUUUGGUGGGCGUUGUCUUGUCCAGUCUGGUAUGCCUCUGCAACAAGGCAGAAUAGUUUAGACAAAAAACUUUGGCCGUGGAUUUUAAAUUCCAAGAAUAUGCUUUUACAGCUUGAAUUGUCAGCCCAUCAGCACAGCUCAGUCUGAGGUGCCUAACUUAGCUAGUUGAUUGUGUAUUUCAAUUUUUGUUUUCAAGAAAAGUUGUUAACUUUGCAAAGUUCGAUAUAGUUCUAUCAUUUCGAGAUUUCACAGGAUAGGAAUAAUUGUGAGUACGUACAAUCGUUCAAGAACAAUUUUAUCUUUUUAAACAAAUUGCUAUUCUUUUAUUUACUUAUUUAAAUCACUUUAAACACAAAAUAAACGUUGAACA